AUGUCUGCUGGAAAGAUUGCAGCCCAUCACGCGACUCUGGCUUGCUAUACCGCGAUGCAGUCUUCUGACCCCGAGCUCCUGCGGCGCUGGGAGCAUACAGGUCAGACCAAGGUGGCCCUCCGCUGCGCCGACGAAGAUGAGAUGCAACAUCUGCAAGCGCAAGCACAGAGUCUGAAUCUUUGUGCUAGAUCAAUCCGAGAUGCAGGACGGACGCAAAUCGCUGCCGGUUCGCGGACUGUUCUCGGUAUAGGUCCAGGGCCCGCUAGAUUGGUAAACCAAGUCACGAGUAGGCUGAAACUGCUAUGA